UGAAACCCUAGAAAAAUAUUAAACAUAAGCAUAGUCACUAAUUAUUUUGAUCUCCCCCAUCUCUAAUAGAUUCAAUAUUCAUCACUACGCAACAACAAUCACAUUUUCUUUUCCUUUUUUUUGGGAUUCAUAGCUUCUCUCUCUCUAAAAUAUAUAUCAUGAGUAAACCGAGAUGGUUUCAAGUAUUAACAGAGGAAAACUUAGAUGGAUACUGCGAAACGCAUGGCGGUUUCCGAAAAAACAUCUUCCGGUUCGAGUCAUGCGACGUUGUGUGCCUCGACGGCAUAGAUCCGUACCAUAUUCAACCUCAUGUUCAAGUGGUGACCUUGUUUGAUGUUAACGGUCUUUACAUGGAAGAAAUCUCUAAUAUCUUUGAUUGUUCCCAAAUUCAAAAUAAUGGUUUCGUUGGAGAGAAGGGGCUGAUAGCGUUGAGGCCAUGGCGGGGAUGUGUAAGAUCUAAAGAAGGUUGUACUAAACAUGUCCGUGGCACUUCCAAGUUCUGCUCUUUCACAUGCAAGGUGGAACAUGUUUUGGAGCAUGAAGGUGAUUUUUCUAGCAUCACUAGAAAUUGUUCGGUGGAUGAUUCAAGAUCAAACAUAUCCGAACAUGUUGGUGAUCUAUCGCUCCAUCCAUGUGGUGAUCCAGAGAAAAUUUUUCCACUCAAGAAGAGGUCUCGAAGACGAAUAGAGUUUUAUGACAGUGACGAAUUCGAAGAAACCUUUGCAUACAGACCUCGAAGGAGAGCAUGAUCGAGACCAGUCUUAGGAUCUGGUGAUGACUAGGAUGCGCAAAUAUGAAGUUAAAAUGCUGGUUAUAGAAGAAUGUUUUGGGAUCCUUUUGGAAAGUUUCGUUCGGUUUUAAUACUUUGGCUCUUUUGUUUGAGCGGUAGCCUACGGAUGAUGUAAUUUCGUUUUAGUUGUAGACAACUGAAAAAUUGUU